AUGGUAGAAGAUGAGGCCAGAGGAGCACUGUUUAUUCUCAACGAAUCAUUGGUGACUGGUAGCCGCUUAUCACCUGGGUAUAAGGAAUCCCUCGAAAAAAUAGUUUCACUUACCUCUGAGGACUUACACCUUUUGAGGUUUCUCGGUGGCUGGGGAUUUAUUGGGAAGCAGUUUCCUUAUCUUAUAAGAGAUUCGGAAGUAAGGCAUGAGGCAUUUAGAUUAGCAACAAGAAUUCUGCAAGAUCCAGCUUCGAAUCUUCCGGUGUUAUUCAUGACAAGAAAGGGCGGGUUCCUGCUAUCCGAAGCACUAUAUGAAUCUAUGGACAAUCCCCAAGAUAUCAUUAGAUUUUGCGAAGAAGCAGCUAAGAAGAACUCUUUGCUUCCAGGAGUGUUGUAUGAUUGUGGUUUUUUUAUCCUCCUGAACUCUCUUGUCUGUGAAGAGACGGCAAGAUUCUACUCUUCAAUAUUUGCCUACAGGAUGGAUGAGGCAAAGAGGGAGUAUAAAGGAGUUGGGGGUGGAGACGUGAUGCACGAGAUAAAGAGGAGGUACUUUGAUCCUGAAAUAGUCUUCAAAGAUAGAGCACACCUUUCCUUCAAAGAGCCUCCUUCUUUGCAUAAAGUGGGGCAUCAGGUUCUCAAGAACAUCUUUGAUGAUGUCUACAACACCACUUUUUUUAAUAUGCUAGAACUAGGACUAGAUAAAAGCCUAGAUCUUAUGAACUAUUGUGAAUGGGAUUAUCUCUUUCUGUGUGGAUCGAAUGAACUUAGGGAUUUGGUAUCGAGUGGUAGCUAUCUAGCAAUUAGAUUGUAUAGAAAGAUGCUAGAAAGUCUUCGAAAAUGUACGAGAGCUGUGUUUUACUUAGGAAAAGUUGAGGAUGGAGAUUUAAUGAUGCAUAUAGCGAAGUUUCUAGAAUCUAGGGACGUGCAUGUGGUUAUGGAGUGUGCACUGAUACUCUAUAAUUAUUAUUAUCUCUUUAACUGGAACUUAGACAGGAAGCAGUUUAAUGAAAACAGAAUAAGAAGGAUAUUCUGUUUGCUUGAAUAUAGUUAUAGCGAUUGCUCAUGCCUUCAGAAGUGCAUCUAUAGCCAACCUGAUUUCCUUCCUGGGAUAUCUGAGGAAGAAGAGCAGAGGACAGGCUGUCUUAAUGACUGCAACACCAUGAAGAUACUACGCCUUCUUUCGAAGAUAUAUGCUCUUGUCGACAAACGGUAUUUUUAUAAGCCUUCAUUCAUAGUCUUAAUGAAAACAUGGAAUGAUGUAUUUGAAAGACAUAACUGCUGGAACAAUACUUUCUUCGCAGAUUUCUUCACAGAUAUAACAUCGUUUCUGAGGGCAAAUCCGUAUAAUGUUGCCAGAAUUGUAUUUCCAUUUAAAAAACCAAGAAAGAAAACCAAGAAUGUUAUUGAUGAGAAAAAUGACGAUGGGGAUAGCAGCACCUGUGUCUCGAUAUUAGCUAGUGAAAUUGAUUUGUCAGAAGUUGAAAGUUUAGAUGAAUUAAAAUAA